AUGUCGCAAAAACACCUGAAAGAAGCUUUUAUCAGCAAUUUAAACGGAACGAGUUUGGUGGAAAUCUCGCUAGGCUUGUCUCUCGCUCCACUCUGCCUGCUUUGCAGAGGACUCCUCUUGAUUUUAUAUCACCUCUGCUAUGGGAAACCUUUAAGUUCAAGGAAAUACAGCCUGCUGCUGGACUUCCUUGUGCUGGUGUCUCCUCUCGUCUUCGCCUGCACAGUCUUGUCUCCAGUAAUCUUUUUCAUGCCAGCUAUCAUCACAGCCUUCUGUGCUGGAAUAUUUUCUAAAAUAUACAGCCAAAGACAACAUGAGACCAGAGUGCCUUUUAGGCAAAUUGUAAAAGACUUCCAGAAGACGUACUUGGAUCCAGAAUACAUUCCAGCAAUAACGGUGUUUCGUGUUUAUAUCAAUGUGUUGACAUCGAUCAGCAUUUUAGCAGUGGAUUUCCCGCAAUAUCCAAGGCGAUACGCCAAAACCGAGACCUAUGGAACGGGAGUGAUGGAUUUUGGAGUUGGAGCUUUUAUUUUUGGUAACGCUCUCGUUUGUCCUGAAGUCAGACAAAAGUCUGAUGUGACACAACCAAGAUUUUCCAAUAUGGCCAGGCAGUUCUUUUCCGUUUGGCCAUUGAUUUUUCUUGGCAUUGGACGACUGCUGAGCGUUAAAUCAAUCGAGUAUCAUGAACAUACUUCAGAGUACGGAGUGCACUGGAAUUUUUUCUUUACCUUAGCGUUUGUGAGGCUUGCAGCAUCUCUACUUUUAGCCAUAUUUCCGAAAAAUAAAUCUUGGAUUGUUGCUAUAAAUCUCGCUGUGCUUUAUCAGCUUGCUCUUAACACUACCUCUCUGAAGAUGUUUAUCCUGCACGGGAGCAACGGCAGAGAUACCAGGGCUGGCUUUGUAAAUGCCAACAGGGAGGGGCUGCUCUCUCUUUUUGGGUAUCUAGCCAUAUAUAUGGCAAGCGUCCAGGUGGGACUCUGCCUGCUGAAGUGCAGAAGCUCAGUCCAAGGCUGGAUUGAAGCAGUACGUUUCUCACUGCUCACAGUUCUUGUGCUCUUCCUCUUCCUUCACUUGUCACAACUAUACGCGGACCCCGUGUCCCGCCGGAUGGCCAACCUGUCCUACUGCGUCUGGGUGGUUGCCCACUGCCUGACCCUGUUUACCUGGUUUGUAGCCACGGAUCUCGCGCUGGUGUUUACAAAGCUCCUUGUGAGGGGGUCCAGCGUGCCCUGCUCUUGGGACGUUGUGAAGCCCCCUCAUACCAGUACGCAGCGUGAAACGGAGGCCGUGCCUCUGGGAAGGGAAGGCAAGCUGUCGCACGUUUGCCUGAUUAGCGCUAUUAAUAAAAAUCAAUUACUAUUUUUCUUGCUAGCAAAUGUUAUGACUGGUACUGUGAAUAUACUGAUAGAUACAAUCCACAGCCAGACUGCAUUUACAUUAUCCAUACUACACUUGUAUAUGUUUUUCAACUGUUUAAUUAUGUAUAUAUUGCAUGCCAAAAAUAUAGUAUUAAAGUUUUGGUGA